GGGGGGAGGAGAGAAGGGCAGGUGCCGGGUGAAGAGGUCUCAGCCCUGGGAGAGAAAGGCAGGAAAGCCCCUGGGGCAGAGAGUCUGUGGUGCGGAUAGCAGGGCUGGUUCCUCCGAUGAGCGACUCUACCGACAUCUCAACUUCUGUCGGCUCCGGUCUAAUGUGAUCCAGAGGAGAUCGCCGUCGCCUCCAAGCGUUCCCCGAUGCCUGUUGGGACCCUGCAGUCGGGUGGGAUGGGGCCCCCUGUAACGUCCGUGAUGCCCCUACGUAUCCUCAACAAAGGGCCGGAGUACUUCCGGCGGCAGGUGGAGAGCGGCGCCCGGAAACCCAGUGCCGUCGAGAGGCUGGAGGCUGACAAAGCCAAGUACGUGAAGAGCAAGCAGGUGGUGAGCACAAAGCAGGAGCCGGUGAGACCCCUGCUCUCCCGGCAGCCCCUCUUCUCUCCGGGCGUCCGGAGGGUGCUGCUGACCCCGAACCGCCGGGGAUCCCCCUCGUCACAGAGAACCGACGGCCGAGCUCCUAAAAGCUCCCUGAACCUGGAUAUACUCAACAACCUGAUCAAUAUCUGCGACGGCCCCCUGACACCCCCGCGGGGAGACGCGCCGCCCUGGCGGGAUCUGGAAAGGCAACAGGAUCCAUCCAGACCCGACAGUCCCGGCGGCCAUCGAGCGCCCAGCACCACGGCGGUGCGCAGAGUGGAUGUGAGGCCGGGAGAAGCCCCCAACCACCCGCGCUGCCCCGAUAUCGUCAUCACUCCAGUGCCGGCGUCCCCCGUCCGACCCGGUCCCCCGGCUGACAGCCCCCUCUGCUCUCCCGCAUGUACCCCAAGCGACCCGGGAAAGCGGCAGCCCUUCCUGCACCGGUCCAAGUCUGACCUGAGCGACCGUUACUCCCGCGCCAGUGCCGACCUGGAGCGCUUCUUCAAUUACUGCGGCCUGGACCCCGGCGAGGUGGCCACCAUCGGGGCCGAGCACUUCGCCCGCGCCAGCUCCGAUAUCGUGUCUCUGAAGUUCCACAGCGUCAGCGCGGAGAGCUCGGAGUGUGGCCGCUCGCAAGUCAGCGCGGUGACGCCGGAGCAGACACCGUCGGCUCGCAUCCCGUACGGCAUCUCCGUGAUCGAGCGCAACGCCAGGGUCAUAAAAUGGCUUUAUGGGCUCCGGCAAGCUAGGGGGGCCCAAAAGGCAUCGGUGAACUGAACGGCACAACGCGGACUGCUCGUCUGGCCGAAAACGGCCGGUUCCGGUGUAUCUCGGAAGGGUGGGGGAGGGGUACUUUGGCUUGCGUGUAAAACUCUUGCGGUGGAAUGCGGGUUUAUGGACAUGGACGAGUGGGUCUGCGCAUGGCCGACGCACUCCAUGGUAAAUGCUGCUGGGCCGCGUCCCUCUUGGAUUUGAUUCCCGUCGGCCGCCUGCUGGGCGCUUUCCUGGCAGCUGCCAACGGAAUAUAACGGGUUCCCCGACUCGCUGGUCUGUUCUUAGUGGUUCUUUUAAAAGACGUUGAAUCCACCGCCCUGACGAGGAGGGCUGCCCCGUGGGGUAAGCAGGUAUCGCUGGGGAUGAUGAGCACUGUUGUUUGCAGGAUCCUGUGUGUUUAGAUGUGCAGGUAUACUCAGCACUGUACACCCUGUAUUAGUAUUUUAAAGGUUUAAAUGUGAUUGGCUGUCUUCAGGACAAUGCCCCCUAUAAGUGAGGGUGGGGGGACUCUUUGCUUUUUGUAUUGUUUGUUAGUAAAGUGAUUCUCUGA